CCAGCAAGCCACUCCCACAAAGCAGGACACACCUACAAAAGAGGUUCUAAAAAAAAUUUGAAACCCUCCACUGAUCUGAGGCCUUCCAAAAUCCUGGCCUCACUGUUUGCACAACCCCAAUGUUUAAAUUGCAAAGGGUGAAUAGAGGAAUUAUUUGUAUGUAGUUUACAUGAUAUUCAGCCAAAUGGUGGACAUUCAGCCAAAUGGCAAAAACAUUAGCUAAAAACAUGGUAAACACUUUAAUGAAAAUCAGGUUUUGGCCUGAAAUUGGCAAAACGUUUGUUUCAAAAGAUAGAAUGGAAAACUAAUUGUAUUUCUACAUUUCAUGUGUGGUGAGAGAGAGAGAGAAAGAAGUAAAAUCCUCAAUGUUGUCCUUUUUGUUCUUUCUCCAGCUCGGUUUUGCAGUUGGCAAUGUAGUUGGAAUGUAUUUGGCCCAGAACUAUGAUGUUCCAAACAUUGCAAAGAAGAUUGAAGACAUCAAGAGAGAUGUAGAAGCUAAGAAGAAGCCUCCAAAUGAUAAAUGAUGCUGACUAUUCAACAUAGAUGGUGUACUUUAACCAUCCAGGUGUCAAAACUUUAUUGGCUUUAAUGAAUGCUGCCAGGCCUGACCUCAGAAGGCCUUAAAAAGCAUUCAGGCUUAGUGUUACUAUAUCCAUGUGGCCUCCUUGCACUUGACUUUUUUCCAAAUAAAAAAAAAUCCCCUAUAUAUAUACGCCCGUGCACACACACACAGAGACAAACUGGACUUUUGUUCUUGUUGUAUUGCUUCAGUAAUACUUUAUAUUUAAUAAUAGCAAGAAUCAGGAACAGAAUGAAGAUACGCCAGUAAUUAUUCCAAUCAAAAAAAAUUAAUUCUACAAAUAUUGGUAUCUUAUUUGUAAGAUACCAAACAUCUGAUAAAAAUCUUGUUGCUAAAAUAUGAUCUUUCUAUUUUAUUUUUGGGCAUUCCUGCAACAUAUAUGAUCAGUAAAUUGAAUGUCAAAAUGUUGAGCAGUUCAUAGAGGUAUGAUGCCAAUAUCCUUAAUUCAUUGCUUGUAAAAAUUGUAAAAAAAAUAAUUAAAAUUUGAACACCUUAAAUGAAUUGUUGUAUCAACAAAAAUGUACUCAUCUUCCAAUUCUUAGCUGGUAUUUUUGUUAAUGUUUUUAAGGUUUUACCAUUCUGGUAUAACUAGGAAUUGAGGAGUCUUGUACUUGCAUUCCGAUGAUGAAAACAUGAACCAAACUAUGCAAAGUUACUGGCUUGUAUCUGUUGAAGCCCUUUCUUGAAACAAAGAAAGAUGCAUGUAUUUAAAUAUGGUAACUCAUUGGAAACAUUUAAGAAGAGGCUGGACAAUCAUUGAAGACAUUGCAUUGCCUAUAUAGGGGUAAGCAUACCUAUUGCCCCCUCUAAACAUUUUUGUAUCCUUCUCUGACUGAUCACUCUAUUAAAUGUUGCUAAUGGAAAUGCUGAUAAUUGGCAACAGGGUUAGUCUGAUUUUAAAAUAAUCUAUCCCAAAUGCAAAUCUCCUUCUCUACCGAAACCCUUCCUUACCACAAAUAUCAAAGGUUUGGCUUCCUAAGGUUGAAUAAUGGACUAGAUAAUAUGCUUGUGGCCAGAUGAACAUGGAACCUAGAAUGCUAGUUUUGUAUCAUAUGCUAAAUGGAUUACCUAUAAAUUUACACGAGAAUUGCUUGAAUUUAUUGUUUUGGUAAGCAAGUUUUGGUAAUCGUAGGUGUGGGGUUUUAAUAAUGCUCCUAUACUAUGUUGAGUAUGGCUUUAUGGAUUACCAUGUGCAUUUAAAAUGUGUGUAUUAUAACAAAAAUAAAUAAAUACUAAAAUAUUGCUUUUAAAAGGUG